CUGGGUAGAUUCCUGUAGGCCAGAGCUAGAGGUCACACCAGAGAACCACAGAUCACCCACUUCUCCUUGCCUGAGUUUGGAAGUGGGAUUGGGAGAAAGAGGAGGCAAAAAGGAUGGGCAGCAAGGAAGAUGUGGGAAAGGGGUGUCCAGCGGCCGGUGGUGUCUCCAGCUUCACUAUCCAGUCCAUCCUGGGCGGGGGCCCCUCGGAAGCACCCAGGGAGCCCGUCGGCUGGCCGGCCAGGAAGCGCAGCCUGUCCGUGUCCUCGGAGGAGGAGGAGCCGGACGACGGCUGGAAGGCGCCGGCCUGCUACUGCCCAGACUCGCAAGGUCCCAAGGAGCCGGGCCCCAAGCAUCAUCCCCCCAUCCCUUUUCCUUGUCUGGGUACCUCGAAGGGCAGCGGAGGGGCUGGGCCCGCAGGCUCCGACCGUACGCCUUUUCUCUCCCCUUCGCACUCGGACUUUAAGGAGGAAAAAGAGAGGCUCUUGACCGCAGGCUCGCCCUCGCCAGGGCCUGAGCGGCCGAGGGACGGCGGCGCGGAGCGGCAGGCGGGAGCGGCCAAGAAGAAGACGCGCACCGUCUUCUCGCGCAGCCAGGUGUACCAGCUCGAGUCCACCUUCGACAUGAAGCGCUAUCUGAGCAGCUCGGAGCGCGCCUGCCUCGCCUCCAGCCUGCAGCUCACCGAGACCCAGGUCAAGACUUGGUUCCAGAACCGCCGCAACAAGUGGAAGCGGCAACUCUCGGCGGAGCUGGAGGCGGCCAACAUGGCGCACGCGUCGGCACAGACUCUGGUGGGCAUGCCGCUGGUGUUCCGGGACAGUUCGCUGCUGCGUGUGCCGGUGCCACGCUCCCUCGCUUUCCCUGCACCGCUCUACUACCCCAGCAGCAACCUCUCCGCCUUACCGCUCUACAACCUAUACAACAAGCUCGACUACUGACUUGACCGCUGGCUGCGAGUCGCCUGCAGCCACCUGCUCUUGCAGGGCUCCAAAGCAAAAGGGCGUGUUUCCAGAAAUAUUAAGAAAUACACCAUGUGUAUUCAUUAUCUCUUAUUUAUGGGCUCUGCCCUACUUCUUUGUUUCGUUCGGGUAUUUAUUGGCAUUCCGCAAGCCAGGUCGCCUGCUUUCCACCAAACCAAUGCGUUUUGAAAACCUUUUUUGGAGGGGGCUACUCUUGGGUCAUAGCGGGAAAGGCAAUUGACCAGAUGGCUUUGGUUAUUGGGGGGAAAAAUUAGAAAACACCAACAAAAACAGAUAUACUUCUUACUCAUAUACAAACCUGGAUAUAUGUACACCCACUCACACUUGGCCAAACCAAACCUUCUGGGGCUUCGGACGUUGAUCCAAUCACCUCUUUUCGUUUCCUUCAUCCCGAGGAUGGGUAGGGGCGAAAUGGGGAUAGUUCCGAUCUGUAAAUAUUUUAAAAGAAAAAAAAAUAAAACAUUUUAAACAUC